AUGGACGCCAUCGUCGCCACCUCAACGACACCCGACGAGCUGCCCAUCGCCCAGGCGCGCGACGACAUCGUGCGCCUGCUCGUGAAGCACGACUUCCUCGUCGUCGUCGGCGACACGGGCUCCGGCAAGACGACGCAGGUGCCGGCCUACCUGCUCGCGGCCGACGAGGCGCGGCUCGCGGCCGAGGCCGCGGCCCCCGGCGACGCCGCGCCGCUCGGCGCCUACGACGCCUUCGCGCCCGUCGCGAUCACGCAGCCGCGGCGCGUCGCGGCGACGUCCGUGUCGCAGCGGGUCGCCGAGGAGCGGGGCUGCGACCUCGGCGGGUCGGACGUGGGCUACAAGGUGCGCUUCGACAGCAACGUCGGCGCGGCGACGGGGAGCCGCCUCACGUUCAUGACGGACGGCGUGCUCGUCCGCGAGUGCGUCGGCGACGGGUCGCUGCAAAAAUAUCGCACGGUCAUGCUCGACGAGGCGCACGAGCGGAGCGUCGACACGGACGUGCUCUUCGGCCUCGUGAAGCGCGCCGUCGAGCGGCGGCGCGGCGCACCGGGCGACCGCCUGCGCUGCGUCGUCGCGUCCGCGACGCUCGACGCGGAGAAAUUCGCGAAAUACUUCGACGGCUGCCCCGUGCUCCGCGUGCCCGGGCGCACGCACCCCGUGGACGUCUACCACAGCAAGCAGACCCAGGUCAUGACGCGCUUCGGCCCCGCGUCGCGGUCCUACGUCGGCGCCGCGGUCGACGUCGCGCUGCAGCUCCAUCGGUCGCAGCCGCCGGGCCACGUGCUCGUCUUCCUCACGGGCCAGGACGAGAUCGAGGAGGCCUGCGCGAACUUGAGGACCGAGGCGGCGCAGAUCGAGGACGAGGCGCAGCGCCACGGCGAACUGGCGGGGCCGCGGCUCCUGGCGCUGCCGCUCUACGGCGCGCUGCCGGCCGACGUCGCGAACCGCGUCUUCGGCGACGUCGACGACGCCGAGAUCCGCAAGGUCGUCGUCGCGACGAACAUCGCCGAGACGUCGCUGACGGUCCCCGGCGUCAAGUACGUCGUCGACACGGGCUACGUGAAGAUGAAGGGCUACGACCCGAGCCGCGCGGUCGCGUCGCUCGUCGUCGUGCCCAUUAGCAAGGUCUCCGCGGAGCAGCGCGCGGGCCGCGCGGGCCGCACGACGUCGGGCCAGUGCUACCGCCUCUACAGCAAGCAGUGCUUCGCGAACAUGGCGCCGGAGACCAUCCCCGAGAUCCGCCGGUCGUCCAUGUGCUCCGUGGCGCUCGCGCUCAAGUCGUUGCACGUCGACGACGUGCUCGACUUCGACUUCCUCGACGCGCCGGACGAGACGCAGCUCGCCUGCGCGUUGCUCGAGCUCCACGCGCUGGGCGCCCUGGACGCGGCGAACAAGGGCCGGCUCACGGACGUGGGGUUCGCCAUGUCGCGGCUCGCGCUCGAGCCGCCGCUCGGCCGGGCUUUAUUGGAAUCCGUCGGCUUU